AUGUCCAUGAGGAGCCCUGUUUCUCCCUACCUGGAGCUCAAUGGAGCGGGCAGCAUGGUGAACUGCAGCAUCAAGACGGAGGAGAAGAAGGAGGGUGUCUGUGAGUCCCCACCUGGGGCUGCCCCCAGCACUGAGCCCCGUCCCAACGACCCACCAGGGCCACCCCCGAGGGAGGGCACUGACCCCCAGCCCCUGCCACAGGAGUCCUGCUCCCCAGCCAGCGAUGCCCUGGAGCCCCGGCGCUCUGCCUUCGAGCCGGCUGUCGGCAGCCAGGAGAAGCUGGACUUCAACAGGAACUUGAAAGAGGUGAUGCCAACCAUUGAGAAGUUACUGUCCAGUGACUGGAAGGAGCGGCUGCUGGGCCGGAACCCCACUGAGUCCAAGGAAGUGAAAGGAACCCAGGAGAGCCUGGCAGAGAAGGAGCUCCAGUUGCUUGUCAUGAUCAACCAGCUGUCCACGCUGCGGGACCAGCUCCUGACAGCCCACUCAGAGCAGAAGAACAUGGCAGCCAUGCUCUUUGAGAAGCAGCAGCAGCAGAUGGAGCUGGCACGGCAGCAGCAAGAGCAGAUUGCCAAGCAGCAGCAGCAGCUCAUCCAGCAGCAGCACAAAAUCAACCUGCUGCAGCAACAGAUCCAGGUCAACAUGCCCUAUGUCAUGAUUCCUGCCUUCACCCCCAGCCACCAGCCUCUCCCUGUCACUCCUGACUCCCAGUUAGCACUGCCCAUCCAGCCCAUCCCUUGCAAACCAGUGGAUUACCCGGUGCAGCUGCUGCACAGCCCCCCUCCUCCCACGCUGAAGAGACCCGCCGGCUCGGGCCACCUCCAGAUGCAGGAGACCUCACAGCCACUGAACCUGACAGCCAAGGCCAAAGGUUCUGACCUCCCCAGUGCCUCCAGCUCGCCCAGUUUGAAGAUGAGCGGCUGCCAGUCCCUCACACCAAGUCAUGGGGCCACCAGGGACCUGCAGACCAGCCCGUCCAACCUGCCUCUGGGGUUCCUGGGAGAAGGUGAUGCCAUCACCAAAGCCAUCCAGGACGCGCGGCAGCUGCUGCACGGCCACAGCGGGGCCAUGGAGGGGUCACUGAGCAACCCCUACCGCAAGGACCACGUGGGGAUCGACUCUUCUCCAGUGAAGGAGCGGAUGGAGGAGACCCCCGCCCACCGGCUGGAUGAGGCCCUCUUGACCUGUGAGAUGGAUGGCUCACGGCACUUCCCUGAGUCCAGGAACAACAACCACAUCAAGAGGCCCAUGAACGCCUUCAUGGUGUGGGCGAAGGACGAGAGGAGGAAGAUCUUGCAGGCCUUCCCAGACAUGCACAACUCCAGCAUCAGCAAGAUCCUGGGCUCCAGGUGGAAAUCCAUGACAAACCAGGAGAAACAACCCUACUAUGAGGAGCAAGCCCGGCUGAGCCGGCAGCACCUGGAGAAAUACCCUGACUACAAGUACAAGCCCCGGCCCAAACGCACCUGCAUCGUGGAGGGGAAGAGGCUGCGGGUGGGCGAGUACAAGGCGCUGAUGAGGAACCGGCGGCAGGACGCCCGGCAGGGCUAUUUGAUCGGGUAA